CAGCAAGGCCGGCGAAGACCAAGUCCUGAAGGUUACGUCAGACGGGAGGGGCCACGUCCCGGUGCAUAUAAAGUCCUGGACACCCGCCUCACCCUCACAGUUGUCUGGCAUCUCGGCUUCACCUGUUCUCCAGCUAUGCGUUUCCAGGCGUUGAUUGUAGUGUUGGCCGUGAUGGCCAGCGUUUGCCAGGGUGGAUUAAUUGGUGGCCUCGGGGGCCUUGGCGGCCUUGGUGGCCUCGGAGGCCUUGGCGGCCUUGGUGGCCUUGGUGGCCAUGGUGGCCUCGGUGGUCUUGGUGGCAUCGGUGGAUAUGGAGGUGGUUUGGGCGGAUAUGGUGCUGGCUUGGAUGGUUAUGGUGGUUACGGAAGCUAUGGUGGAGGGUAUAAUGGUGGAUAUGGCGGUGAAGGAGGACACACAUUCAUACUGAGCAAGAGCUACGGAAGUCACGGAGCCUUCGGCAAAGGCGGCGAACAUGGUAAAUUUGGCGUGGGCGGACUCGGGGCAUUUAACAAAGGCGGAUUCAGUAAAUUUGGCGCCGGCGGACUCGGUGGGAUUGGAAAUAUUGGUUACGGAAAGUAAGUCAACGGAAUCACCUUGUCCUGACGAUGGUUAGAUGUCUAUACCUGUCCUCGUCACGAGGGCUAGAACGUGUUCCUCAGUCCUCGUCACGAGGGCCUGAACGUGCUUCUCAGUCCUCGUAAUAAGGGGCAGAACGUGUUCCUCAGUCCUCGUUAUUUCUGGAAUAAAGCAAUUGGAAAGUAA